AUGGCUAUCCAUGCGGAGUAUUGCUGGAAUAUCCUCAAGGGGCCCCAUCCGUCAAUCUCCGCAGAGGGCCUGAAAUUCCAGCCGAUCGCCAGUAGCAAACCUUGGGACAUUUCCGACAUUCCAAGUGGCUAUGGGUCAAGGUAUCUACGUGCGGUUGCCGAUGUGUCGGCCCAAACCUCCCUAGGCCUUGAACGCAGUGGUACUGAUCCAAGCUUGCAAGACUUUGGCUUGGAAGCAAUCUUCAGGAGACAGGAGGAAGAAGAUGCCCAGUGGAAUCGCUGGCGAAACUGGCGUGAUUCUCAUGAUGCGGGUGCUGAACCCGCAGCUGAAGCCUCAGCUGAUGCUGAUGCUACUGAGACUGGUGAGCGACCUGAUGCAGCGAUAGAUGGCUAUCAGCGCGUGCCUCUAGUUUCUGAACCGGAUCUCAGUCCUCAGUCGAAUGUGGCUCCAGAGCAUGGGAUGAACUCUGCUGACUCAUUUGUGUUUGAUGUUCUGCGAGGAUGGCGCUUGUUACAGGCAGCCACUUUGUCCCGUGAUGAGUUUCGUGAUGUUCUUUCUGCAACAAACAACAAGUUGGAUUUUGAUUCAAUUUCAGGUGCAUUGCAAGUGCUUUGGGAUGAUCAGUUGAUUCAACAUCCUCGACAUGCCCCUUCACAGUUUAAUGCACAUUGGUUGGAAGAACUGGAAGAUCCGCAGAUCAAAGAGGCGUAUCAGUCAGAACGCAUGGCAGAAGCUCUAGCCUCUGAAGCGAGUCUCACAUGGAAAAAAGCCCAGGGUAAGUCCAAAGGUUUCAAUAAAGGCAAGAUGGGUAUGGCUGUUUAUGGUGAUCCCUACAUGGAACAGUUUCCCAUGGUGAAAGGCAAAGGCAAAGGCAAGGCAAAGUAUUCCAACUACAUGGAUCACGAGAUGUUUUGGGCUGGCAAAUCUAAGGGCAAAUCCUCAAAAGGGUCAUCAAGUUUUUCGUUCCGUCCUCCUGGUCCGAGUGGUGUCAAUGCUUAUGGCAUGGAGCUCUAUCCCAUUGAGUUCAUGGAAACCCCUGAGUACCAUGAGCCCCUGGAUGUGACCCUGACAGCCACUACUUGGUCUCCACCGCCUUCGGCAUCCCAGGCCAUCAAGUCCUUCGAGGGCAUGGUCGACAGCGGUGCCACAGCCUCUGCUGGUCCCGAGGCCAGCAUUCACAGGGUUUUUGAGUGUUUGCGCCAAGUUGAUCCAGAAGCAACAUUGACUGUUGACCAAACCUUGAAACCCCGUUUUCGGUAUGGUUCAGGGAAGUGGGGACAAGCCUUGUGUCAAGUCACAAUUUCCUCAUGGGCAUCUGGACAUCAGCGAAAAUUUUCAGUUUUUGCUCUCCCGAAUCCUCCAGAAUAUCAUGAACCUUGGUACGAUGAUUCACUGUUGGUUCCUAUUUUGAUCGGCAUGGACUUUUUAGGCGUCAAUGGUGUGGGCUUGGUUCUUGAUUUCGUGGAUGGAUACUCCUGGAUGUCCAAUGUGCCUGAUGCAAAUCCCAACUGUUUGCGAAUUAGUUCAAAGGGUCACUUUGUUUUGGAUUUGGUUUCCUUUCUCACCAACAAGCCACAUGGUUUCACGUCUGAUUCAACAUGGACUCCUUCACGAGCUAUCUCGGAUGCAAAUGUUCUGGAACUUUACAUGACACAAGGAGAAGAGUUGUUUUCAACUCAACAUGUUUUGCUUGACAACACAGAUGCCCGGCGUUGCUUCUUUCAACAGUGUGUUCAUCGACGUUCUGCCGGCUCAAAACAGAAGGAAUCCACGGCUGGUGAUCGAAAUCUUUGGAGUGAUGCCUCCGAAGACCAACCUUGCCGACAAGGCUCCCGAGUUGGAUCACAGCCGAGCUCUUCCAGCAGAUCCGAGAUGGGCUCGCUGACUCACAAUGUCGAGCACAUCGAUCCUCACUAUGUGGCGAAGGCUCUCAGCAUGGUUCAGAAAGAUCUCAAGGGUGUGAAGCCCCACUACAAACUCAUGAAGGUGGCUGUGGAGAAGAUCGAGAGCGACGAGCGCUACUACCAGAUGGUGCUGGGUGCUCCAGAGAUGACCCCAGUUCCGAAAUCUCCCACACGCCACCAGAUGUUCACACCUCCGAGGAGAUCAAUGCACAAUUCCGAGGAGGAGCAGAUCCCAGGUCCCCAGCAGCUCACGUCGAGCCCAAGCUGGCAACAUGUGACUCCACCAAAGGCCCGAGCCAAGUCACCCACGGUGUCUCAGAUGAGUGUGGCAUCAGUUCCAGUGGUGACACCUCAGGAUCUCCUGAGCCAGCUCUCAGCCGAGGUGGGCAAGGCGGCGGUGAAGGUGCUCCAAUUGAUGAUGCUUGGCCUCUUCACCAACUUCCACGACCUUGUGGUGGAUGGUAUGAACAGGUUCUCCUUGAUCUACAAGACGCCCUGUGGCGACUUGAUCAUCGAGAGCUCUGAUACAGCUCGUUCCAGCUACUAUCCCUGGAAGAUGGUUGUCGCGAUUGCCAAGACUUGGAAAUCUCAACUUGUACCAGAACGUUGGCAAUCCAUCCUGUUCCUGACCGUGGACUCCAACGUCCCCAAUUCGACUUUUGAACAGCAACUGUGGGAGAUGAAUCCAGCCGAGAUGGCUGAUGACAUCGCUGAAGUUCCUCCUGAUGAGGGGUACUCACCCACAUCGCUUGCUCCUGAAGAUGCACCAGCGAUUCCGGCCGAUUUGGCUGAUGAUGAUGGACAAAUGGUCCUACCUCCUGCUCAAGAUGAACGCUCUGGUGGAGAUCUUCGGCCUCAAUCCAUGCAGAGCUCUAAGGCAAGUAAUCCCUCUCAAAUGGCUUCGUCACGCUGGCAACAAGAUGGCCAUGGUCGGUGGUCGAAGCAUGAAGCUGAUGGCAAAAUCAUCCCAUCCACGAAGCAGCUUGCCGAGUGGAAUGUCAAGCUUCAAAAGUUUCACAAGGCCUCAGGACAUCCUAGCAAUAGGAAUUUAGCUCGCAUUUUGCGGGAAGCUUGCAAAGAAAAGUGGCAGAUUGAAGCAGCACUUCGUCUCCGAUGCCCAGCAUGCGAGGCGACCAGACCUGGGGGUUCGUCUUCCGGAAAGAUUCCGCCAGUAUCAACCAAUCGACUUCCUCAAGCCUGGCAUAUGGUGAUGAUGGAUGUUGGUGAGUGGAAUGUCGUGUCCGUGCGCAAGAAGCUGAAGUUUCUAUUGAUGAUUGAUGCUGCAACGAAGUUUCGCAGCACAGUUCCUCUUAUGGUCUAUGACAUCAAUCAGCAAGGGAACGAGAAUGCCAAGAUGGUCAUCGAAGCUUUUGGUCGCGGCUGGUUGGCGGAAAAACCGAAACCGCUGGUGGUGGUUCCUGACAACGCCAAUACGCUGUGCUCAGCGGCCUUCAGGGAGUUUUGCCACACCAACAAUUUGUGGCUGAGCCCGCCUGUGGAGAAGGAGGCAUGGGCUCACGGAAUUGCUGAACGAGCAGUCCAAGAAACCAAGCUUUUGGCCGACAAGAUCUUCAUCUCUGACGGCACUCUGAGCUUGGAACUAUGUCUGGCCCUUAGCACAGCGGCGUUGAAUAGUACGGAGAACGCACAUGGUUUUUCUCCCUUUCAGUGGGCAUACGGUCACUCUUUUCAGUGGACUGAUGAAGACAUCACUACUCAUCUCCAACUUCAACAAGCUCACCCACUGAGUGAAUUUGAGAAGUUGCUGUCUUGCAGACGCAAAGCUGAGAAUUUGGCACGGCAAGUCCGCGCCAACAACAUACUUGUGCGGCUGAAGAACUCAUGUCCCCGACAGCCUCUCCAGAACUUUGAACCUGCAACACUGGUGAAAGUCUGGCGAAAGUCCCUUCCACAUGAAGCAGCCAAAGGAAAGCGCAGCGGCUUCACCAAGACCAUCAAACCUCACUGGGUGGGACCUGGAAGGGUUCUGUUUCAAGAGCUAUUGCCUUCCCAGAGUGGUGGUGACCGCCGCCAUGUGGUAUGGGUUGUUCUUGGCGGCCGAGCUCACCGUUGCAGUGUUCACUCUGUGAGACCACUAACCUCACAGGAAGAAGCUCUUCAUGAAAUUCAACAUGGUGGCGAAGAGAUGUCGUGGAAAUCAAUCACUGAUUUUCUCCCACGAAGAGAUUAUGUGGACAUGCUGGACGAUGAGCCAGGCGCUGAUGAUGUAGAAGCUCCUGAUCUACCAGCUCAACCAGAUAAAUCCACAUGGUUGCCUUCAUGCCGACUGUACGGCAAAACGGAUAAGCAGGGCAAUGACAAAGCUGCUCAGGCGCUGAAGGGUGCUGCAAUGCGCCUUCCCGCUUUGCCACCAGUCAAUGAGUAUGAAGAGACUGACUUCUUACCAGAAGUGCCUGAUGCGCCAAACUUUUACUUGGUGCAACAAAUGCGUGAUUGUGAAGUUCGCUAUGAGCGACUCACUGAUGACUUCAAGAAGUUGUUUGACCGCGCAAAGGACAAAGAGGUGGCAUCUUUUCUCAAGUCCGAGGCCGUGAGAAAGUGCAUCUCCAAGGAGGAAGAGGAGGAGGGCAAGAACUCUGGCCGUGUAAUGAAGUGCCGGUGGGUGUUGACAUGGAAAGACACUCCACCAGAUGAACGGCAAGCUUCUCAGCAAGAUGCUCACGAGAAUGCUGGCACUUUGUUCACCCCUUCGGGCGAUCGCAAGGCGAAAGCCCGCAUCGUCUUGUUAGGGUAUCAGCACCCAGAUCUCCUCAAUCCUGAGUUCCGAAGUUCUGCACCUGUUCAAUCAACUUUGACCAGGCACCUGACCUUCCAGCUCUCCGUGCAGAACCAGUGGCCAAUCGAAGGCAUGGAUCUUUCAACGGCUUUUCUCCAGACCGAGAAGAACCAGGAGCAGAACCGCAUAUGGACAUCAGGAGUGCGUGAACUUCGUGCUGCACUUGGCGUCUCUGAGGGCGGCAUCAUGCGAAAACCCGAAUGCGGUGAACCAAUUGGAUCGCUUCCGCACUAUUGGGUACAUGGCUGGUCUGUUGACGAUUUCAACAGAUCCGGUGAUGAGACCAAUCCCAAGUGGCAGAAAAUCAAGGCAGCCAUUGACCGUGAGUAUCAGUGGGGUAGUUCCAAAGUUGGCGCUUACCGCUAUGUGGGCUCCGACAUCCAUCACAGGACUGGUAGCCAAGGUAACUACAUCAUGGUUGACCAGGACUCUUAUGUGGAGAACCUCGCUGAUGUGGAGAUUGAUCCAGUCCGUUUCAAGAAUGCGGCGACAGUCCUCACCAAGUCAGAGAUUGGCAAGUGUCGCUCAGCUUUAGGUGCUUUGCAGUGGUUGGCCGUGCAGACUCAACCUCAAAUCUGCGCAAGAUGCAAUCUCUUGUUGUCUGAAUUGGCACGUGAGCCAAAGAUGACAGUGGCUCAAGAGAUUCAGCAGGUCAUCCGCGAGACUCGCAAGCAUCCUCACCGUCUCCGUUUUGAUCGAAUCCCCUCUGUGAACCAUUGGCAACAAAUGGUGGUGGUGACAAUGGGUGAUCAGGCACACAACAACAGACCUGAUGGCUCUUCCACAGGUGGUUUGAUUAAUUUUCUAGGCGGACCGGAACUCCUUGAUGGUUCUCCCGGCCGUCUUGUGAUGGUUUCAUGGCGUACUUGGAAAUUGCGCCGAGUAGCAAUUUCCUCCAAUGAUGCUGAGAUUCAAGCGAUGGUGGAAGCUGAGGAUGUCAAUUUUCGAACUCGUUUGCUUUGGGCUGAACUGAAUGGUGCUGGCGCUGAAAAGGGUCUUGAUCUUUUAGCUUUUGCUGAGCAAGAAGUUUCUGCAGUCCCUGGUGUUGUGGCCACAGACUCAAAAGGUGGUUUUGAUGCAGUGACUCUGCAAGAAGGUCCAUAUUUGGGUUUGUCAAACGUGAGAUCAGCCAUACAAGCUUUUCAACUGAAACAAUCGUUUGCAGACACAAAAGCAUGGUUGAUUUGGCUUGCUAGUGAUUGGCUCCUUGCAGAUGCUCUGACGAAGAAAAUCCAAGAGUGUCGCAAAAGUUUACUUCAGUUCAUGCGCACAGGUGUUUGGAUGCUUCAAUAUAACCCAGGCUUUGAGACAAGUGCACGAAAGAACAAGAGAGCAGGCAAGGAUGCUCUCACACAGAUGAAGAAAGCCACAGAGAAGUUUGCCAGCUGA